AUGGUCGUUUACUACACAAUUGCUGGCCGCCAAAUUGGCUCCCACGUCCUUUCCAUGGCGACUCUCGGAACUACCUUCCUCGGCUGCUACCUUGCGAUGCCAGGAAAGACGGACAAGAAACAGGGACCGCCCAUCAAGGCCAGCAGCAAGGAUGAGGAACAAUUUAUCCAGUACGGACUUCCUAAAAAACAUAGAGGCUGA